UGACUCAUGCUGCAUGCUAGUGGAUGCUAACUCUAACAUUUUCAGUACAAACAUGGAAAUUAUCAACUAGAUGAGCUGUUCACAGUGUUUCAGGGUGUCCGGCUGUCUGCUAAAGGAGACGCAUGUCCCUGGAGAUGGUUUGUCGAUGAUGCCGAUCGUUACGUAAUUCAACUUUCUUUUCUUCUUGAUUUUGGAGAUCGGAAAAUAAAGGAUUGAAGAUGCCUCAGUGUGCAGCUGUCAUCAGUGGCAUCCAGAGGAUGGUUCUCUAUGAAACCAGAGCUAGGUAUUUUUUGGUGGGGAGCAACCAGGCACAGACCAAACACCGAGUCCUGAAGAUUGACCGCACAGAACCCAAGGACCUGGUCAUAAUUGACGAUAAGCAUGUGUACAGUCAGCAGGAAGUGCGGGAGCUGCUGAGCCGCCUGGACCUCGGAAACCGCACCAAGAUCGGCCAGAAGGGUUCCUCCGGCUUGUCCCGGGCCGUGACGGCCUGCGGCAUCGUUGGGUUCGUUCGGUUCCUGGAAGGUUACUACAUCGUGCUGAUCACCAAGCGCAGGAAGAUGGCCGACAUCGGCGGCCACUCCAUCUACAAAAUCGAAGACACCACGAUGAUCUACAUCCCGAAUGACUCGGUCAGAGUGACACACCCCGACGAAGCGAGAUAUGUGCGGAUCUUUCAGAACGUCGACCUUUCCAGCAACUUUUACUUCAGCUACAGCUACGACCUGAGCCACUCGCUGCAGUACAACCUGACUCUGCUGCAGCGGCCCUUCGAGCUGUGGUCGUCGGCAGCCGCCUCUGCUGAGGAGGAGGUGCACACACACAGCAAGCAGGACAGCUUCGACAUCUUCGAGGAUGAGGGUUUGCCCACGCAAGUGGUUUACGGCCUUCAGAACGAGCCGUACUACAAGUACGUGUGGAACGGCAAGCUCCUGGAGCGAGUCAAGGACGUCGUGCAUCACGACUGGCUCAUGUAUAUAAUCCACGGCUUUUGCGGCCAGUCCAAGCUCCUUAUCUACGGCCGGCCGGUUCACAUCACCCUCAUUGCCAGGCGAUCCAGCAGAUUCGCCGGGACCCGCUUCCUCAAAAGAGGGGCCAACUGUGAGGGAGAUGUCGCCAAUGAAGUAGAGACUGAGCAGAUCGUCCACGACGCCUCGGUAAUGUCUUUUACAGCAGGAAGCUACUCCUCCUAUGUCCAGGUGCGGGGGUCAGUGCCGCUCUACUGGUCUCAGGACAUUUCCACCAUGAUGCCCAAACCUCCAAUCCGACUGGACCAAGCGGACCCGUUUGCCCACGUGGCGGCGCUCCAUUUUGACCAGAUGCUGCAGCGCUUUGGCUCGCCGAUCAUCAUCCUCAACCUGGUGAAGAAACGUGAAAAAAGGAAACAUGAGAAGAUACUGAGCGAAGAGCUCUACCCUGCUGUGAUCAACCUCAAUCAGUUCCUCCCCCCAGACCACUGCAUCGACUACAUCGCCUGGGACAUGGCCCGCUACACCAAGAGCAAGCUGUGCAACGUUCUGGACCGCCUGAGCAUGAUCGCCGAGAACGUGGUGAAGCGAACGGGUUUCUUCAUCAAUCGCUCCGACUUCUACAGUCACACCCUCAGACCAGACGACAGGUGGGGAGAUCUGGGUGGAAAAAUCACAUCGAGUGGUCGAGUGCAGACUGGUGUGUUGAGGACCAACUGUGUGGACUGUCUGGACCGGACCAACACCGCCCAGUUCAUGGUGGGGAAGUGUGCUCUGGCCUACCAGCUGUACGCACUGGGAAUGAUCGACAAACCCAAACUCCAGUUUGACACAGACUGCGUGAGGUUGUUUGAGGAGCUUUAUGAGGACCACGGGGACACGUUGUCGCUGCAGUACGGAGGCUCUCAGUUGGUGCACCGGGUGAAAACAUACCGCAAGAUCGCGCCCUGGACCCAGCACUCCAAAGACAUCAUGCAGACGCUGUCGCGCUACUACAGCAACGCUUUCUCAGACGCCGACCGGCAAGACGCCAUCAACCUGUUCCUCCAAGUCUACCAGCCGUCGGAGUGCAAGCCUCACCUGUGGGAGCUGCCCACUGACUUCUACCUGCACCAGAGGAGCACCAUGGGCCUCCACCAGGACAGGCGCAGCUACACUCUGUGGUGGUCGAAGGGCGUCCUGACGUACCUGCCCGUUCCCUACGACGAAGUCGCCUGUGAAGACACCAUGAAGAAGGUCGACGUGAAAAGAGUGAACCGCUUCGACGAGAGCAUCGACAUCUACAAGGAGUUCUUCAAGCCGUAUGAGCUCACCUCCUUCGAUGACACUUUCUGCAUUGCCAUGACCAACUCUGCCAGGGAAUUUAUGCCCAAGACCGUCGGGGUGGAUCCCAGCCCGUUCACUGUUCGCAAGCCGGAGGAGACGGGGAAAUCCGUGCUGGGCAACAAGACCAACAAGGAGGAGACGCUGCUCCAGAGGAAGACCGCAGCCAGCGCUCCUCCUCCCCCCAGCGAGGAGGCCAUCUCCAGCACGUCGGAGGACGACUCGGAGGAGGAUCGGGACGACGACGGGUCCGUGUCGCAGCGGUCCACUCCCAUCAAACUGCUCACAGAGUCUGGGGAGAGCAGUCGCACACAGGAGGAGAUCCAGCAGCAGACUGUAAAGGAGCCUUACGGCCUCAACCUGGCCGAGUUUCCUGCCGCGAACGACCUGCACAUCUACGAAAGGUUUGCUCAGUUGGGUGAGAACCAGCGCGAAGUGGAGAGGACCGAACAGUUAGACUUGGCAAACAUCAUUAGCCUAGAGCCGGUGUCCCGCUUCCCGGAGGACAGCGCCUACGCCGUCGCCCCGCCGCGGGUGGACGCGGACGGCCGCGGCGUCUUCGAGAGCCAUGUGCUGACGGGCCGGGGCCAGGGGAGGGUGCUGUGCAGGGACGACAUGCUGAUGUACCGGGAGUACGUCAAGAACAGAUACAUGUGAGUCCGGAGCGGCGGGAAGCGGACGGACGUCACCGAGGCGCAUUCAGCAAAACCUGUCCAACUUCAAAUCCCCAAAAUCAUUUUUGUUUUAUUUAUUUCAUAUUUUGGCAAUCAAAUGAGAGGCUUUCAUUGUACAAAUUAUAAUGAUGGAUGAAGAAAUGACAUAUAUGUGGACUAAAUUAUGUUGCUCUUUCCAUGAAUAGCACUUUUAUUUUAUUGUUUUUCUCAGCAAUGCUUUUUUUUUUCUGGAGUAAUCUUGAAUAAAUCUUAAUGCCUUUUUUAACAUAAAACUUUUUCAGACUGGAUUCAUGGAGUCUAACGAUUUGGGCAUUUAAGAGGAGUUUUAAAUGAGAUAUCUUUUUAAAUGUCAACAUGAAGAAUGUAUAGUGUGAGCGCGUCUGCAUGACUACUGUUCCAUUAAGUUUUUUUUUAAAAUUGAGUUUUACUCUUUUGGUUAAAGCUGUUUUACGUUGUUCAUAUGUUUCGAGGUCAGCCUCUGUCAUGCAUUCAGCAUUUCAACAAAUAAAACAUGUUUCGUCUGCAGACAGAACACGUUGCUGUUGUCUUCUCAUGUUGUUUCUUCUUUGUGAAGUUUACAAAAUGUCCCUUCUUUGUGUUUGUAUGAAUGUUUCCGAGAUGUCAGCUCAGUGU